GAACCCAGAAGGACACAGAAAGGCAAGACAAUCUAACAGAGCUAACUGUGUUAGCUGGUGGAGACUGUUCCCAGCUCAUCUUCAUGUUGCCCAUUUUAUUCUCUGCAUUUUUCCUGUCUGUUUGCUGCAUAACCAAAGGGAACUGCAUCUCCUAUGAUGAGCUGAGAGAGCACAAGACUGAAUUUGCCAUCAGUCUCUACCGGCAGGUGUCUGAAGCAGAGAACAAGACCAAUCUGGUAGUCUCUCCAGCAAGCGUGGCUGUUUCUUUGGAGCUGCUGCAGUUUGGAGCUCAAGGAAAUACCUUUAUGGAGCUGCAAGAUGCCCUAGGAUACAGCAUUCAUGAUCAAAGCGUGCAGGAUUUCAUGCGCACGGUGGAUGAAGCAGUGACUGACUCCAGCCAAGGCACAGUGGUGCAGCUGGGAUGUUCCCUCUUUGUGGACGCGGGCGUGCAGCUCUCGCCCGACUUUGCCGAGCGCGCCGCACGCUGGGCCAACAGCAGCCUGCUCCAAACCAACCUCACCGACCCCAACACCACCCACACACAGGAAUGGAUCACCACUGACCUUGCAGAUGAGGAUAUGCAUGGGAUGACACUGGAGAGCACUGGGUCAUCACUCAGCCAGGUCACCCUGGUGAGCACCCUGUACUUCAGAAGCAUGUGGCAAAGAAAGUUUUCCUUCAUGGAUUCCCAGAUGUUGCCUUUUACGACACCAGAGGGCUCAACCCUGAAAGUGCCUACCAUGCACCACACAGCUGAAGUUAACUAUGGCCAGUUCCAGACUGCAGCUCUGGAGGCUUUCAGCGUGGUCGAGUUACCCUACCUGGGGGAGAAACUCAGCAUGUUCCUAGUGCUUCCCAGCCACAAAAGAACACCUUUGUCCCAGAUUGAGUCUCACCUUUCUGCCAAAACCAUAACCCACUGGGCCAACAGCUUGAAGAGAACAAAGAUGGACAUUUUUCUGCCUAGGUUCAGUAUUCAAAGCGUUUUUGACCUAAAGACAGUUCUUUCUGCUUUGGGAAUUAGAGAUGCAUUUGAUCCCAUCACUGCUAAUUUUAAAGGCAUUUCAGAGCAAGAUAGUCUUUAUAUUUCAGAAGCUAUUCACAAAGCAGAGAUAGAAGUAACAGAAGAUGGUACAAAGGCAUCAGGAGCUACAGCAAUGGUCUUACUGAAAAGAUCUCGAACACCUAUUUUCAAAGCAGAUCGACCUUUCACAUUUUUCCUGAGACAAGCUAAUACAGGUUCAGUACUUUUUAUAGGAAGAGUUACAAAUCCUUCAUAAUAAGCACUAAAUGCAUACCCUGACUUCUGCUCCUCCUAUGAUGAGAUUUCCUCCAAUGAAAUUAAAGGCUACAUUGUAUUUAUUAAAACACAAUUUUAAGCAUGUCACUUUUCCAAGACUCUCCACUAUCUUAUUACAUUGUAGACACUGUUGAAACUUAGAGCUGUCUAGGAAUCAUCAGCACCACAACUACAAAGACAGUAUCCAAAUAAACAUUAAAAAAAAAAAACUGAACUGGUUUAGCCUCCUAAAUGUUUAACAAUAUGAUCCAACAGCUUCCUUUCAACUUUACCAUGGCUAAAGACUGCUUGACUGUUGCUGAGUACGUAGGUCAUUUGAAUGAAAACAACCCACAAGAAAGCUUUGCUAUAUUAUUUUUCAAGCACAAUUUCAUUUCCCUGUCCUGAAGUCAAAAGCUUAAGAAUAAAAUUGAAAUUCAGUCUGACCUGAGACAGUUAUAAUCCAGCUGAUAUAAAAGGUAACAAGCAAGCAGCAAAAAAACGUGAAAAGAAAAUCAAGUUAAAAGGCUGUUUCAAAACUGAGACAGAAUCACAGAAUCAUUAAGGUUGGAAAAUACCUCUCAGAUCAUGGAGUCCAACCAUUAACCCAGCGCUGCCAAGUCCACCACUAAACCAAGUCCCUAAACACCACACCUACACACUUUUUGAACACU